AUGGACUCUGCUACUGCGCUCAUAUCCAAGCUGCAGACCCUCGCUUCGAGGCUCAGCAAUGAGGAAGAUCGUGAUGCGCGAAAGGAGUGCUUGCAGAUAAGCAAGGCCCUCACGGCGCAGCUCGAGGAGCCAGAGAAUGUAGCCGUCGACAUGAUCUUUUCUCCCAUGAUUGCCGUCAGUGCUCGAAUUGCAGUUGAUUUGAACCUUUUUGCUCUCAUUGCAAAGGAAGAGCCCGUCACUUCGGCUAAGCUCGCUGAGCUGUCUGGCGCAGAAGAGCUGUUGAUAAUACGCAUUCUACGGCCUCUCUCUGCCAUCCAUUUUGUCGAAGAAGUGGCGCCAAAGACAUGGAAGGCCACUCGUAUCACCCACGCCAUGGCUAUCGAGGGAAUAGCUGCCGGUCAUCGAAUGAUUUCGCGAUUUGUCGUUAUCUCAAUGCAAAGUGCGCCGGCCUACCUGAAGAAGCAUGGCUAUGCCUGUCCAACCGAUCCCAAAGAUGGGUUAAUGCAGUAUGCCUUCAACUCCAAGUUGAGUGCUUUUGAGCAGGUGACGUCCGAUCCAGCUUUACUCAAGGACUUCAACACCUUCAUGGGCAGUACCAUGGGUGCUAGGAGGUACUGGGUGGACUGGUACCCCGUCCAAGACCGAAUUAUCGAUGGAGCAUCUCCCGACAAGGCCCUACUUGUCGAUGUUGGAGCUGGAAAGGGCCAUGACUUGCUAGCAUUCCAAGAAAAGUUCCCCAAUGCAGGCCGGUUGGUUCUGGAAGAUCUCGCAGCAGUUACUGAGACUCUGGACUCCUUGGAUCCGGCAAUUGAGAAAGUUCCGUACGACUUUUACACCGAACAGCCUGUUAUUGGUGCCAGAGUCUACUUUUACCAUCAUAUCCUCCACGACUGGUCGGACGCUUGCUGCCUUAAGAUCCUCGAGAAGGUCGUCGCAGCUAUGACCCCUGGAUACUCGAAGCUGCUGCUCCAUGAGAUGCUUGUUCUUGACCAGGCAGCCCCUCUAUUCCAGGCUGAGUUGGACAUGACCAUGAUGGCCUUCAAUGGAGGAAUGGAGCGGACAAAGGAUCAGUGGACUGCGCUGCUCGAGAAGGCUGGUCUCAAAGUAGUCCAGUUCUGGGACCCAGUUGACGAAGGUGGUGAUGGCAUCGUCGAAGCUAUGAAGGCAUAA